AUGUCGGUUCAAGAUCGGAAUGCCACAUCGCAAUCCACGAUGUCAUCAUCUUCUCCACAAACCGCCAUCAACGGCGAAGAAAACGAAUACGAUUGGGUCUGGAACGAAAUCAAAGCCGAAGCUCGCCGUGAUGUCGAAUCUGAACCAUCCCUCGCCAGUUACCUCUACUCAACCAUCAUCUCCCACUCAUCUCUCACACGCUCUCCCUCUUUUCAUUUAGGAAACAAACUCUGCACCUCCACUCUCCUCUCCACCCUCCUCUACGAUCUUUUCCUCAACACCUUUUGUUCCGACCUAUCUCUCCUCUCCGCCACCAUCGCUGACUUACGCAAAUGUCUUGGUCAAAUAUUCUUUGAUAAAGAUGAAAACAUGAAAUUUUUAAAAACAGAAUGUUGUGUAUAUUUCGGUCAUCGCAAUGACUAUCACUCUGAUCAUUUAUUUCUGUGA